GGGUUGAGGACUCCUAGAGUCUUGCGCGGGCGGUCGUGCCCGGUGCCCGUGCUUGCUUGCUUGCUCGCUCGUCUGUCGGGGGCAAAGGGAGCUGUGACUUGGCGUGCAAGCGCAGCCAUGGUGAUGGCGGCCAAGAAGGGGCCCGGGCCGGGCGGCGGCGGGGUGGACCGCGCGGGCAAGGCGGAGGCGGAGGCGGCGUCGGAGGUGUGGUGUCGCCGGGUCCGGGAGCUGGGCGGCUGCAGCCAGGCCGGGAACCGCCACUGCUUCGAGUGCGCCCAGCGCGGUGUCACCUACGUGGACAUCACCGUGGGCAGCUUCGUCUGCACCACCUGCUCCGGCCUCCUGAGAGGCCUGAACCCCCCUCAUAGGGUCAAGUCCAUCUCCAUGACAACUUUCACGGAGCCUGAAGUAGUAUUCCUACAGUCUCGUGGAAAUGAGGUCUGCAGGAAGAUCUGGCUGGGGCUUUUUGAUGCCCGGACAUCUUUAAUACCAGAUUCCAGAGAUCCACAGAAAGUGAAGGAGUUUCUCCAGGAAAAAUAUGAGAAGAAGAGAUGGUACGUCCCCCCGGACCAAGUCAAGGGGUCCACAUAUCCCAAAGGCAGUGCCUCCACCCCUGUCCAGGGCUCUAUUGCAGAAGGGAAGCCCCUGCGGACACUUCUGGGUGACCCUGUGCCAUCGCUCUCAUCUGCUGCUUCCACCUCCAGCCAGUCUGUUGGACAGGCUCGGCCAUCACAGCCCCGGAGCACUCAGUCCGCGCCGCACUCCUCAGGCAAGAAGGCCAGUACUGACCUGCUGGCUGACAUUGGCGGUGACCCUUUUGCUGCUCCCCAGGUGGCCCCAGCUUUUGCUGCAUUCCCAGCCUAUGGGGGCCAGACUCCGUCCCAUGGGGCCUUUGCCAGCUUCGACACCUUUGGCAGCAGCCCCGGCUCCUCUGCAUUUGGAAGCGUUCCUGCUGCUGGCCCAGGUCUCUUUCCAGUCCAGCCUGCACUGCCAGCCAGUCGGAUGCUAACUGGAAGUUACAGCUUUGGAAGCGGCCCGGUGAUGCCCUUCGCGCCCGCCAGCCAGCCCCACAGCCUCGCUGAUGUGAGCAGCUUCCUGGGCCCGGGGGUGGCAGCCGGAGGGAGCCCCGGCAGCGUCUUUGGCAUGGCCAGCCCGGUUCCCGGCAGUGGAGGCAGCAGCGCGGGCCUGGCCUUUGGAGCCUUCACCAACCCUUUCACGGCUCCCGCUCACUCCACACUGCCGUCCACCAAUCCCUUCCAGCCCAACGGCCUGGUCCCAGGGCCCAGCUUCGGGAUGAAUAGUGCGGGGCCUGGCAUCCACCAGACGGCACCACCCCCAGGGGCCUUCGCCGCCACCUUCCCCCCGACUCUGUUCCCCCACCAGACAGCAGUGACCCCGCAGCAGAACGGCUCGCCCUUCGGAGACUUAGGCUCGGCCAAGCUGGGCCAGAGGCUGUUGAGCCAGCCCACUGGGAUCUCCACCAACCCCUUCAUGACUGGACCUUCCUCAAGCCCAUUUGCCUCCAAACCUACCACCAAUCCCUUCUUGUAGCACUGUGUCCGGAGGGCCUCGUCUGUGCUCUCUGGGACCCCUCUGCCUCCUCAAGCUGUGAUGACCACUUGCCUGGGCAUUUCUAUGACUUGGAGACAAACAUGGGCUGCGUUUUGCAGGAGGCUAAGGGAAGACGGGAGGUGCUGAUGCUUCGCUUGAGCUGCUGAUAAUGAAUGGGGUGUGGCCUUCCCCCACCUCGCUGGCCAGAGUAGAGGGGGACACGCGGAAGGCAGGUCUGGGCCUAACAGCCCUCUACUGCUUGAUUUCUCAGACAGUUCCUUUGGAUACCGCCCUCCUGCCACCUCUUAGCGCACACCCGUGGGUGGAGUUGGGCCCCAGGCUGACCCAAGUGCCCCAGAGGGCACCACUCUGGCCCCACCCCUCUGGCUCUCUACUCCAUUCCCUGUGGCCUGGGUGGAAAGUAGGGGAAAGGUGGAGCAAAGCAGCCUAAACAGCACCCCCUCCCCCAUGCCCAGCUGGCCAGCAGCCCCCGGCACCCUCCCCCCAGCACGGUGAGGGCUCCCCCAGCUCCAAUCCUGGGCCCUACUGCAUAGAUGCACCCCCCCUCCCUGUUCUGCACUUUAGUUAGCACGCGGUGUCGUUUGGAUACCAAUGUUUUAUAUUUAUAAUCUAGAGUUUUCUAAUAUAGCCUAUUCUAUACACACAGAGAAAUAUAUAUGCACAUAGUCGUGUGCCCCCUACCCAGCUACCCCAUGGGAACCAGACAAUCCCCCACCUGUGCUCCCUGACUCUGAGAAGCAAGAGCUGCAGGGGUGGGUAGGGCCAAAGGAGGCCUGGGACCCCCGCAGCUGCUCCUGGGGCCUUUUGGGGCAAAGCUUUGUGCAAUUGGCUGUCCUGUCCCUCUCCGUGCCCCACCCCCAUCGGCACCAAAGCUGUGGCUGCACUGAAAGAA